UUCAUUUCUGCAUAGUUGUUAAUCUCUCUCUGAAAUUAAUGGUUCUAAUUCAAUUUGCUGGAUUUGCAGAAGGUAGUAAUGUAGGAGACAAGGAGUGGUACUUUUUUUGCAAAAGAGGAAGAAAAUACAGGAACAGUAUAAGACCCAACAGAGUGACAGUUUCUGGAUUCUGGAAAGCCACUGGUAUUGAUAGACCAAUUUAUUCUUCCAGUGGAGACUGCAUUGGACUAAAGAAAUCCCUCGUAUAUUAUCGUGGAAGUGCUGGAAAAGGCACCAAGACUGAUUGGAUGAUGCACGAGUUUCGCCUUCCACCCAGAGAAGAUAAAAGCGCCAAACUUGUCGAACCCAGAAGCCUUGCUGAUCAAGAAGCUGAAGUUUGGACGCUAUGUCGAAUUUUAAAGCGGAAUAUUUCCAAUAAGAAGUGCAGACCAGACUGGAGAGAAGUCUGUGCCAAGAGAAAUAUCAGUACUAACCCAGCUGAUGCAAGCUCCAAAACAUGCAGCUGGGACUCUGAUCAUAAUAACCAUAGUUAUAUUAGUUUUGAUGCUCCGAUUAUUCGACAAAAUGAGAAGAAAACCUAUCCUUAUUUUGGUGAAAAUAUUGGAAACCAACAAUAUUUAGGUCAUUUCAGCACUGAUUCACCGGUGCCACCUGCUGCAUCAUCCUUCUCCAGUUCUGCGCGUUCAGACUUUAACGACCUGUUAAAGCCCGCAGAUUGGGAGGAUCUCAGAUCGAUUGUGGAUUGUGCUGGUAAUCCUUUCUAUUUGUAGAACUUUUAUGUCAUAGAAUAUAUGUGUUAAAUUGUAUCAGUGACUUUAAUUAGCAGAUAAAACAUUUGGAGAAUAUCUGUCUCUAUAUGUGGGAUUUUUACUUUGCAAUAAUGUAUAGAUCUAAUCUAUUUCAAUACGCCAGUGUAGUUUAUGUUUA